AUGACGGAAACUUCAUCUGGUGGUCUCCACAGUUGCAUCACGGACAUUGUCCGUGCCGACACUAGCGGUGACUACCAAAAAGCCCUACAAGCUGCGAAUAAAAGUGAAAAUCGAUAGAUCUUUCCAGUUUACUUGAAUGCGUGUUUUCAGUGAUUCGUCGUUACCCGAAGGAAACAUACGCCUUCAAAUGCAAGCUUGUCGCUUUGAUCCAGCUCUCAAUGUGGGACGAUGCAUUGACGUUGAUCAAAAAAACGCCUCAUCAUCAGAUGGGGUAAAAUUUUUCGAAAAAAGGAUGAAAAAAUUGGGUUAUUUACAGAGAUUGUGCGUUUGAAAAAGCGUACAUCUACUAUCGUCAGGGAGAGCUGGAUCAGGCGGAAGAGCAGCUCGCGACUUGCGACAAGGAAGAUUUCCGGGCUCUAGAGUUGAAAGCUCAGAUCUACUACAAACAGGAAAAGUUUCAGGUAGGAAUGAAGAUAAUCUCUUUGUUCUAUUAGAGUUUUAUAGGAGGCGUUCGACAUUUUCCGACACCUAUUGAAGAAUUUCUCGGAUGAUUCCGACGAAUUGCGUCGUGCCAAUUAUUUGGCGGUGCAGACGCGACUAGAAGCUCAAGGCUCUAAGCAGGUUUUGAAAUUAAAUUUUUGAAAAAUUAGCGAUUUUCUCAAACUUUGAAUUUAUGUGUAUUGAAGGUUUAAUUUGAAAAAAAAACUAGGGUUCGCUCACAAGAUUUGAAUAAGGAAAACACCUGAACUUUAACAGCCGAGAAAAAAAUUCACUGAAAGCUGAUUCAAAAUAAAAAAGUUUUCCAGCAACUCGAGGAAACUGGAGAGGAAACCUACUCGCAACUGUACAACAAGGCCUGCGUCCAAAUCGAGGCCGAACUGUUGCCCCAGGCGCUCAUUUCUUUGGACAAGGCCUUGGGUAAGAGAACAAAGUCAAUGAUAGGACAUUUUACAAAAUCUUUGAAAGUAAACUUCGAUAUUUUUUUAUGAACAUCUCCGCGUUUUCGGACAUUCCAUAGAUUUCCUUAUAAGAGUUUAUAAACGAAAACAAAAGAAUGUUUUUCUUUUUGCACGAUCGAUAUUUUCCUCUUUUAUACUGCUGUUUCCAAUAUAUUUUGAAUUCUAAAAGAAAUUCUAGUGAUAAAUUUUUCUCCAAAGUAAAAUUACAUACGGAAAUGAAUUUCUGUGGAGAAAAGGCAAAAAAAAUUUUCGCCUAUUAGGUCUCACUCAGAAUAAAACCUACCUAAACUAACUGGUGUUUUGUGUAGAAAUGUUUGAUUUUUCCAGUUGCUUGCCGUAAAUCUCUGACGGAGGAAGGCCGCGACGAAGAUGAAAUUGAAGAGGAGCUCGACUCCAUCCGCGUUCAAAAGGCCUACAUUUUGCAGCGGACCGGAAAACGGCAACAGGCCAUCGACAUUUACAAGAAGGUCCAAGCCUCCAAGUGAGUUUUAUUUUUUAUUCAAGUUACGGUUUUGAGCAGUUCUCAAAGGAAAAGUUCAUUUUCAUCGUAGUUGAAAAAUAAGAGAGUUUUUGUUUUCGGAAACUUGAUUUGAUCAAAAUAAGAAACUAAUCGCUUUUUCUUUCGAGAAAAGCUGAACUUAUCUCCUCUCCCAUCGACUUUUUAAUGAUUCUUCCAUUAAAGUAUCAUUGAACAGACAAAAGGGCUAAAAACACCGAGUUAGUGAUAUUUAUGGUUUUCUUUUUCUGUGAGAGUUUAUUUAAUAAAGAGAAGGGGCAUGAAACUAAAAUAGAAGCCGGUUUAUGGGAUCUAUCAGUUAUUUGAGCCUCUUGUGAAAUCUCUAAAAAAAUAAUUUUGUAAAGGCUGUACGAUUUUUGUUUCUCAACUUUCAUAGAAUGAACCACCUUAUUAAUUUCUAAGGAGAGUUUCGUUCCUCUUACAGCCACGGGGAUGAAAGUGUUAUCGCAACGGUGGUUAACAACAUUCCGGCGGCGUCCAACGACUUCUCGUUGCCAGAGGCGCGGAAGAAGCUCAAGGCGGCCCUCCAGGUCGACCAGAGCAAGUUGACGAAAAGACAACGUCGCACCCUGAUGCUCAACAAUGUUCGUUGUCCCUGACUCUUCAUAGUAACUUGUACAAUUUCAAGGCUCUCGUCCUUCUUCUGUCCAACCAGCGCGAGCCGUGCAAGAGGGCCCUCGACGAACUUGUCGAGAAGUUCGGCGCCUCCAAGGACGUUUCUCUGAUCGAAGCCGCUCUACAUGUGCGACUCAACGACACCGAAAAGGCUCUGAGCGUUCGUUUCUCGAGUCGUUCUCCAACAACUCUUUUCCCUGAAGGUUUUGGACGGGAAUGACGUCGAGCAGCAGUUGGUCAGGAUCCACGUUCUGGUCAACGCCGGACGUCUUGAUGAGGCCGUCAAAGCACUCGGAUCCAUCCCGAAAGAGUUGUCGGCCAAGCCGGCCGUCGCCAGUCUCCGCACGAGUCUCCUUGUUGCCCUCGAUAACAAGGCCGAGGCCAUCAAGGUGGCUAUUUAAUUAUUUGAUUUCGUGAUAACUUUCCCCACAAGCAUAGAUAGUAAAAAAAAAACUAGAACCAGGUUUUAUUAGGCUCCGCCCAAUGAGGCUUAUCGUAGAAAAAACACCUUAAAAAACAUUUUUCCUUGUUGAGAAAAUCGGUCCAGAAUAAUUUUAAAACAAGAUCUGCGGAGAUGAACCAGAAAAAAUUUUCUCCUAGAAGAAAUAUAUUAAAAGUAUUUUAAAAAUUGACGCAAAAGAGAAAAAACGUCAAGAAACUCCGAAUCCGUUUGAUGCAGUUGACCUCCAUCUCGGAGAAGUGGAUAGAAUAGCUAAAUCUCUUAAGUUAUCACUUGAUUGACUUCUAAUCUAAAGCUCAAAAGUUGAAAAUAUUACUCUUUGAAGGUUUUUUCAUAGUUCCUCAACCAAAAUAUUUGGAGUCGAAGAAAAUUUUCAAAUAAAUCUUUCCAGGAGCUGACAUCGGCCAUUGAAAAAACGAAUGAUCCCGAAGUGCUGAAGAAACUUUUGGAACAAGCUGCUCAGUUGGAAACAAGCGUUGGAAAUGUUCAGGGCGCCGCGAAACUUCUCGAAAGGCUUGUCGGGUUUGUCGGGAAGAAAUGAAAAAAGAAAAGGAACUCCCUGAUUUUACAGAUUGUUCUCGGACGACAUCAACGCCAAGUGUCUUCUCAUCAGCGCCUACUCUGUCGUCGACCCCAAAAAGGCCGAAAAACUCAGUGAAAAUGUAAUCUGAACUCCAUUUAUCUUCGAAACGAUCCUCCGUUUCCAGCUCUUCAACGACAAAUCGGACACCAACAUGAACGUCGACGAGCUGGAGGAGAGCGAUUGGAUCCUGUAUGGCGAGAAGUACAAGCAGAAGAAGGAGGCCAAGGCCGACCAGGUCCUGGAAGACACGGUUCGUCGACGUCUUCUGAAAAGAGAGACGACCUCGGUCCUUUCAGGAGAUCAUAACCAGACAGCUCAAGAACCGCAAACGCAAGAGGAAGAUCCGUUUGCCCAAGAACUACGAUCCCAAUGAAGCUCCUGAUCCGGAAAGGUUUAUUUUUGUUCCACGGGGGAUUUUGAUGGAAAAAAAAAUCGAUAUAGGUAUUUUACAUUUUUUUUAAAGCUUUCGGGUACUAGAUUCAUAUGUAUUUCCGAGAAAAAGCUAUGUUUUUAACAUUUAUAAUUUACCUUCCGAUAAAAGAAGUUUGAAUCGUAAAGAAUUGAUUUUUUUUUUGAACCAAUUUUUCACUCCUACUACGUUUUUUAUAGAAAAUCUUUUGGAUUGAAAGAAAAAAUACUUUCGCAAUUAAUUGAUUUUUUCCUUUCUCGCGUUUUUGAGUGUACUUUCUGAAUGAGAAUCUGUACAAGAUUGUGCUUCUCAUUUCAAACAAAAUUUUCACUGAUUAUAAUAUUUUUAAUUUAAUUUAACACGAAAUGGAGAAAAAAACCUUCAGAUGGCUACCACGACAAGAACGAGCUGCCUUCAAGAAGAAGGGCAAGAAACACAGGGAAAGGGAAGUCGGCAGAGGAACUCAAGGCGCUUCUUCCGCCAACCCGAAUGUGUAAGUUUUAGAUCAGCUCAAAAAGAAAAAAAUCGAGUAUUUUCAAACUUGUAGUGCUUUCAGCUACUUUGAGGCUCUUUGAUUUAAAAAAAACUUUUAAAAAUCGAAGAAAAUCUACAGGGAGUUCUCGACGGCGUCACCAAACUCGCCGCGUCCCUUGCCGACGCCAGUGGCCGAAGGACCGCGUCAAAUGCGCCCCAAGAACCCGAAAAAGAAGAAGAAGACCUCAAAGUUCUAA